UCACAACCAAAAACCUCGUACAAUUUCAGCUAAGCAUCAGGCAACACAGUGUCACAGUCUAACACAAGUCAAGCGUUCUCAUCGAGUCAAACCGCCUCACGACUGCCACCUCGUUUGCGCGCGCCAUGGAGCUUGCCCUGGUUGGCAACCCCGUGAACGGCUCGGCGAAGCCGUCGUGCAACUCCGUCGGCUCGCUGCCCGUCCCCAGCUCCAACGCCGUCAUCCACUCGCCGGUGACCAGCGCGGCGGGCGCCACGCUCGGCAGGCACCUCGCCAGGCGCCUCGUGCAGAUCGGCGCCACCGACGUGUUCGCCGUCCCCGGGGACUUCAACCUCACCCUGCUCGACUACCUCAUCGCCGAGCCCGGGCUGAAGCUCAUCGGCUGCUGCAACGAGCUCAACGCCGGGUACGCGGCCGAUGGCUACGCCAGGGCCCGCGGCGUCGGCGCGUGCGCCGUCACGUUCACCGUCGGCGGGCUCAGCGUGCUCAACGCCAUCGCCGGCGCCUACAGCGAGAACCUCCCCGUGAUCUGCAUCGUCGGGGGGCCCAACUCCAACGACUACGGCACCAACCGCAUCCUGCACCACACCAUCGGCCUGCCGGACUUCUCCCAGGAGCUCCGCUGCUUCCAGACCAUCACCUGCUACCAGGCCGUCAUUAACAACCUCGACGACGCGCACGAGCAGAUCGACACCGCCAUCGCGACGGCACUACGGGAGAGCAAGCCCGUGUACAUCAGCGUGGGCUGCAACCUGGCAGGCCUCUCCCACCCAACGUUUAGCCGCGAGCCAGUGCCCCUGUUCAUCUCACCAAGGUUGAGCAACAAGGCGAACUUGGAGUACGCCGUCGAGGCAGCGGCGGACUUCCUGAACAAGGCGGUGAAGCCGGUGAUGGUCGGCGGGCCAAAGAUCCGGGUGGCCAAGGCGAAGAAGGCGUUCGCCGGCGUCGCGGAGUCGAGCGGGUACCCGUUCGCGGUCAUGCCGUCCGCCAAGGGUCUGGUGCCGGAGCACCACCCGCGGUUCAUCGGCACGUACUGGGGCGCCGUGAGCACCUCCUUCUGUGCCGAGAUCGUCGAGUCCGCCGACGCCUACCUCUUCGCCGGCCCGAUCUUCAACGACUACAGCUCCGUCGGCUACUCCCUCCUGCUCAAGCGGGAGAAGGCCGUCAUCGUGCAGCCCGACCGCGUGGUGGUCGGCAACGGCCCGGCGUUCGGCUGCAUCCUCAUGACGGAGUUCCUCGACGCGCUCGCCAAGCGCCUCGAGCACAACACGACGGCGUACGACAACUACCGCCGCAUCUUCAUCCCCGACCGCGAGCCGCCCAACGGCCAGCCCGACGAGCCGCUCAGGGUCAACAUCCUCUUCAAGUACAUCAAGGAGAUGUUGUCCGGCGACACCGCCGUCAUCGCCGAGACCGGCGACUCGUGGUUCAACUGCCAGAAGCUCAGGCUCCCCGAGGGCUGCGGGCUGGUCAUUCCAAACAGGUACGAGUUCCAGAUGCAGUACGGCUCGAUCGGGUGGUCCGUCGGCGCGACGCUCGGCUACGCACAGGCGGCGCAGGACAAGCGCGUCAUCUCCUGCAUCGGCGACGGAAGCUUCCAGAUGACGGCGCAGGACGUGUCGACGAUGCUGCGGUGCGGGCAGAAGAGCAUCAUCUUCCUCAUCAACAACGGCGGGUACACCAUCGAGGUGGAGAUCCACGACGGCCCGUACAACGUCAUCAAGAACUGGGACUACACCGGCCUCAUCGACGCCAUCCACAACUCCGACGGCAACUGCUGGACAAAGAAGGUCCGGACUGAGGAGGAGCUGAGAGAGGCGCUCGCGACGGCGACGGGCGACAAGAAAGACUGCCUCUGCUUCAUCGAGGUGAUCGUGCACAAGGAUGACACGAGCAAAGAGCUUCUCGAGUGGGGAUCCAGGGUCUCGGCUGCCAACAGCAGGCCGCCGAAUCCCCAGUGAUCUUUGCCAUCGCGCAACUCGAAUGAAUGUGAUGGUCUGCCAAAUGUCCGAGAUAUUUACUGCUUAUUAUCGUCUGUUAAUUAAUUGGUCGAUGCGUCUGCAUCGUGUCAAAUCUACUUAGCAAAGAGGUUGAAUUAGUACAUGUCGACGGGGGCUACCUGUCCUAUGAUUAUGCUUGUUAUUCAAAUGCUUGGAAUUAAUGUUUUGUAAACAUGUAAUGUAUUGCGAUGCAAUAACAUGGAUGGUUACAAGGAGAAGA